AAACACCAUUGCUUUUAGACUGUUUGAUUGGAUAUGUGUCCUUUUUAGUCGUGAUCUCAUUUCCUGUGCAGUGAAAAGCUUUAUUUAUUUAUUUAUUUAUUUAUUUGAUCAGCUCGGGCUGGAAAUGUAAGUGACUGGUUUUAGAUGUUAUGAGUUAUAACACAACAGCUGGAUCAGGAGACGGAGACGGACGGAGGGUUACUGCAGCUGGGCGUCUAAACUCUCGCGACAUGGUUCGCAAAACGUACAGAAGCGUUAUCCUUUGAUUUAAAAAACGGCCUAGUUUGGACCCAAACCUACGAGAACUCUGCAGAACUGGACUUUUGAAGGCCUGUGGUUGAGCUUCUCCUGGCAGACAGGAUGUCUAUCACGGACCAUAGCCCCACCACCGGGGUCGUCACAAUUAUUGUAAUACUUAUUGCCAUUGCUGCACUAGGAGCUUUAAUUCUUGGUUGUUGGUGCUACUUGCGGCUGCAGCGCAUUAGUCAGUCUGAAGACGAGGAAAGCAUUGUCGGUGAAGGGGAAACCAAGGAGCCCUUCUUACUGGUCCAGUAUUCGGCCAAAGGCCCGCGGGUGGAGCACAAGACCAAGCUCACCCCUAACGGCACGGAGAGCCACACCUAAGUCCAUCUCCCUUUGCAGUGCAUACUGUGUAGUCUGUAGUGGGUCAUGUUUCAAAGCAACCUAUUGCAUGCAGUUGUCUAGUUGCUUUGACCUGAUUUUUUUUUUUCUCGCCCAUUUUGUGGCGGUAGAGCCCUGUUAUAAUGUGAAAUCAACAACUGUCAUAGUUUUUGUGCAAUGCUAUUUGUAAAGCCGUAACUGAGUUCUUAAGCUAAAUCAAGACUGAUUCUGUUUCUUUGGUGAUUUUACUUUAUUUCUCUUCCAGAGCUGGCUCUGAUUUUAAGAAAUACAAAUAUUAAUGGACUGGUUUCACAUCCAUGUCAAAGUCUUAGAUGCUUUUGGGGCUUUUUAUCCAGUUCGUUCCAUUUACUUACUUGCUUAAAACUAAAGGUUCU